AUGUCACUCCCUUUCCUAACACUCAUUCUCCUUCUGCAAUCCACAAUCAUAAUCACAUCAGCAGCAGCCAAACCACUGAUGCAUAUCUGUUCACAAACCCCAAACGCCACCUUCACCCGAAACAGCACCUACGAGAGAAACCUGAGACAGCUAAUGGGACAGCUCUAUUACCAAACACCUCCUACAGGUUUCACAAAUGCAACAAUCACAGGACAGCAACAAUCAUCCCCCGACCAGACAACUUACGGGCUAGCGAACUGCAGAGGCGAUUCGACACCAUCACACUGCCAAGCCUGCAUAGUCGAAGCAAUCACCACGGUCCACAAGACAUGUCCUUAUAGCAAAGAAGCAAUCAUAUGGCUAGACAACUGCUACCUCAAGUACUCAAGCGUCAGGUUUUUCGGCAGAGUUGACGUGAGGAACAAGUUUCACAUGGUGAACGGUAAGAAUGCUAGUGGGGAUAUUGCUCCAGGGUUUGAUGGGAUUAGGCAGCGUUUGAUGGUGAAUCUGGCUGGGGAAGCGGCAGGGGAUCCUGCCCGGUUUUACGCUGCUGGACAGGUCGAGAUUCCCGGUUCGGUCAGGAUUUAUGGGUUGGUUCAGUGUGGCAGGGAUCUUUCUGGGAGGGAUUGCAGGAGGUGUGCUGAUGGGUUGGUUGGAGAGCUUCCGAGGUUUAGUAAUGGGAAAGUUGGUGGAAGAGUUGUAAGUGGGAGUUGCAGUGUUAGAUUUGAGACUUACCCUUUCUUUAGAGCCUGA